UGCGGAUAGUCUACAUCUGAACUUCCGGUAGUGCGGCGGGAAGGAGCACGAGUAUUGGCGAUCACUUCAAAGAAAUCUGGCCUCCUGUCCAAGCAUGACGAGAGGUCGCAUAGAACUAGGGGACAUAACCCCGCACAACAUCAAGCAGCUCAAGCGAUUGAACCAGGUGGUGUUCCCAGUCACCUACAAUGACAAGUUCUACAAGGACGUCCUAGAAGUGGGAGAACUUGCAAAACUUGCCUACUACAAUGACAUAGUUAUAGGAGCAGUAUGCUGUAGGAUCGACACGUCCGAGAACCAGAGAAGACUUUACAUUAUGACUCUGGGCUGUCUGGCGCCGUACAGGAGACUGGGCAUAGGAACAGUGAUGCUACAACAUGUCCUCAGGAUAUGUGACAAGGACGGAAACUUUGAUAAUGUAUUUCUCCAUGUACAAAUAAACAACGAUGGUGCAAUUAGGUUCUAUGAAAAGUUUGGGUUCGAAAUUGUGGAAGAAAAACAGAACUAUUACAAGCGAAUAGAGCCAGCGGACGCCUAUGUGUUACAGAAGUCCUUCCGCUUGACAAACAACAACCAACCAGCUAGCGAAGAGACGACGUCCGACAACACAGAGAUAAUCGAAUCCUGAAUAUAUUCACGACAGAUGACUCGAUUGAUUUCCUGAUGUUACAAAGACAUUUUUUUGAAUGCAAGAAUUUAGAUUUGAAGUGCUUUAAACUUACUAGUUCUUCAACAGAACAAACCUGUUGGUAAUGUUGUCCUCUGGUACAAAGUUUUCAAGAAUGUGGGACUUUCUCCUGGAAUCAGAACAAUACAGGUUCUUUCAUUGUGUUUGAGACAGAACUGAAAUUGAAGCUUUCCAUUGACAUGAGUCGUUCCAUGUUCCAUCCCCAGUCAGUUGACGUUGUCAUGUUGGUUCCUUAUAGACUACUGUAAGCCUGGCAAGUUUUGCGAGCAGAAAAGUUCUUCAGACUGCGAACAGCACACUCGCAAUAGAUUCAUGACACAGUUAUUUUUGCAGACCAACAAGGAACUAAAGACGUAAGGAGGCAUCUUUCGUUUAUUCACUUCCACACAGGGUCAAAUCAGCCAGAAAUGAUUAAGUAAAUAAUCCUCACAUCCUGUUUCCUCAUGACCCAUUGGGGGUCACGGGUGGCCCAGUCGUCUAAGGUGCAGCGAUUCGCUGACCAGAGUUGAGUCCCUUGGGCACGCCAGGAACCUAUGAUUGUGGGUUCGAAUCCCAGUUCGCCCCGAUUAUGUUUCUAGGU